CACUAACACACACAGAGUACACGUACAUACACACACAAAAAAAUGGAUCCCUCUUCCCCCUCCCCCUUUCUCUCUCUGUUCUCCUUCACUAUUGUCACUGCUAGAGCUCCGGUGAACGGGCUCUGGCGACCACCAUCACCACACGCAUCUCUCUCUCAUCUCCUUACUACUUUCGAUCAAUACCACAUCGUCAGCUACCAUCCGGCCAUCACCAACAAAACCACCAACAAUCCAAGACAAACGCCGAACCCUCACCACCGACGAAAUAUGCCACCAGAUCUUCCACCAAACAUCGCCUGUUUCUCUUUCUUUUCGUAUCUGCCGCGGCCAGGUUUACCACCAGACGGCCGGCAACCAGUCACGGCGCAACGACCACCGCCUCCCUCUCUAUCCCUUUCUCCCUUCACUCUCAGCUCCGGCAGUCCACGCAGGUGUCGUCACCCUUUUUCCAUUCUUUUGCCACUGCCCGUCGAAAAAGUUCCGGAUCUUUUAUUUUUUGGCAUUGCUCCAGCAAACGCCAUUGAAGCAACUUCGUUGUGCUGCUGCCACUACUAUUUUAGGUUCCAUAACACUUUAGCAAUGGCCGCUCUAUUCCAUUGCUAUAUAUGCAAAAUAUUCAAGACACCGGCUGCCUUGGGCAAAGUAAGAACCUCCCACGCCAUUAAGAUUUUUUUGAUGAAACCUUCUACACAACGAUUCUAUCAUUGCUAACACCUUCUUGGGGAGUAUGAAAAUUUGGGACCAGCAUACCAGGAUAGACAUUAAUACUAAUUGGAUUAAUUGUAGUCAUCCAGCAUAGGUGAGAAACUUUGUGGUCCAAGCAUUUAUCUUCGCUAGCAUCUUAUCUAUCAGUGGUUUGUACUGCCCCACAGUAGUCUUUCUAGUGCUCAAAGGUAUUCCAAGGUAUCUGAAAGCGCAAUGAACCUUUUAAAAACCUCAAGUACUAAAAAAUCUCUUCUUUCACUGAUCGAUUCACCCCACCGAAAUAAAUAGAACUCUUUUCAGUAUUUGCAAUCAGGCCAGACGCUUGAGAGAACUUGGUGAAAUAAGUGAAAAGAUGUCUGCAGAUGUCAGAUCACCCCUACUAAAUUGAAGAUAUAUACGGUGCAAGGAGAAAAAAAGAAGGAAGAGAGAAUUUUUUAAGUAUUUAUGAACAAGAUAAUAUGUAGCUAUGAUUGUCGAAUAACUGCAAAUAUUUGAAAUCAAAUAUGUAAAAUAUUAAUUAUCUAAAUCAUGAUUAGGAUUAAUUUUACUUCAUUAAUAUGUCACCCA